CAUGGUCCUCCUGACGUCCUCCUCUGAUGAAGAGUCUCUUGAAUUCGCCUGGCUUUGGAAUCACAGGAAGUUCAGGGUUUCUUUCAGUGCACCAAAAAACUCUUUCUGAGCGAUCGGGCCACAGAACUUCAGAUCAAGGAGUUUGUGCGUAAAAAUGCAGCUAAUGCACUGUCAGUUGCCAACAUGGUCAUGGGCAUGGCCUCGAUUCUCAGCAGCCUUAAUGGGCACCAUCACGCUGCGUGUUGGCUCGUUCUGAUUGGCUACCUCCUGGAUUUGGCAGAUGGAGCAGUUGCCAGGCAACUCAAUGCAUGCUCUGCACUGGGUGCCAAGCUAGAUGAUUUUGCUGACUUCACGACCUUUGGGAUUGCAACGUCGUUGCUCCUGAGAACAUCUGAUCUGCUCGACAACAUCCUGUGCAUGUGUUACGUCCUUUCUGUCUUUGUCCGCCUCUGUUUCUUCUCCAGUGGGAUCCCUUUCAUGUAUCGUGGUCUGCCCUGUAUUUACUCGUCGGCCAUCUUGGCAAGUGCCUCUUUGCUGUCGGGGGGAAACAUGGCAUUGCUCCGAGUCAUUGCAGUUGCCAUGAUCCUCUUCAUGAUCAGCCAGAACUUUUACCCUCACGACAGAGUGCUGGAGUCGCAGGCCUGGAAGAAAGUAGUCUACGCUGGAGGAAUCAUCAUGUUGUUCUGCUCUUCCUUCCCUCCUGCAUGUAUGUACUACCUGCUGUGGUCUGUCUCCUACAUUUUGUUCCCAACAUCGCUAUGGAGCAGUAAAGUGUAAAAGGGAUGCUGGUACGCUUAAAAAUACUCCCAAAUAGGUUUACCUCAGCCCGUCCAGGUGAACCAAGGCUUACAGAUUGCUGCUGCGCCUUACUGCCGUGGAGCAUUUAAGCUAAUUCAUGCAUCACAUGCAUACACUCUGCUUAUCGGUUGUUUUUUUUGUUUUUUUUGAGAUGACACCUCUGGGGGAAUCUAAAAUCAGUCAGAAUGAUGAGCAAGGCAUUUUAUGUUACUGGUGAGGAUUAACCUUCAUCCUGUCAUCUAUUAAACCCCCUUCUUCAGUAUUAAUCCAAUCUUGGUCAGUAUUGGGAGCACAUGGCAGCAGGCACUUCUACAGUACGAUUCUAAAUAUUAUUU